AUGUUGAAAUAUCAGGUGCGUUCAUCGGCAGUGUUGAAUCAAAACAAUAAACUAUUGAAGAGUUCAACAACAUCGCUUCACAGUCCUUCACCGUCCGUGUCCACCUCGAACGAAACGUUACAUGUUCACAAUCGUUCCAAUUCGUUGACUUCGUUAAGCUCUAUCGAUAGCAGUGAUUCAAGUGAUUGGGGAGUGCUCAAAGUUUAUACGGGUUGUGUUAAGGCUGAUACAGAAUACAAAACACUGAAGGUGUCGACUAGUCACACGGUAAAGAAUGUUGUACAGACGAUACUCAAUAAAUUCCGCAUUCUAUAUCGUGACCCCAAUUUGUUCGAAAUUUUUAUGGAAGUUAGGACCAGAAUUCGCGGGCACGAGGUAAAAAAUCUGCUUCUUUUGAGCUCUAAUUCAAGGCCACUUGAACUUCAGCGAUGUCAUCCAGUGAACAUGUCACGUUUCUUUCUGACGAUAUCUCAGAACGGUGUGCUUGUACGCAUUCACGAUUAUCUGCUCAAUCCUCAGAGCAACUACAAAUCGCUCAUGCUCUCCAAACUAACCACAUGCUAUGAGACUAUAGCUCUUUUGCUGGCAAUGAUGAGAGUAGAUGGAUCACCGGAAGAAUAUCGUUUAUCGUUAUCUCUAAUGGAAAGUGAACAAGACUUGGACAUGAAGGAUACUGUAGCCGAUAUACAUAUGGCCCUUGAACCCCAUCAGAAGAUCAUUAUACGACGUGUUUGCUGA